ACACCUCAGAAAACUCAGAGACAGGUAACGAAGAGUCUACACCAGAUGCAAGAGAAGACAUAAUGAGGCCGCCGAAUCAAAAUAUUAAAAGAAAGAAAAUGACUGCCGCUGAUGCUGAAUUCCUGAACAUAAUUAACAAAAAUAUAAGCUCUAGGAAUCAACAACAGCCACUGAUUUCCAGCGUAAUGGAAGGUAAUGAUGACAAACUGUUCUGCUUAUCUUUACACAAAGAAUUACUUAAGGUACCUGAGGCCAAUCGUAUAGCAGUAAAAAUUGAAUUAAUGAAAAUUUUGCAAGCGGCUCAACAAUCUUCGCAAUCAACUGUGUAUUCAAACAAUUCGUAUUCGUACUUUUAUAACAGUUCGGCUUCAUCUUCAACUUCAAUUCCGGUUCGAUACCAUGCACAACCUACAAGACCAAAUGAAUUUACUUUUCAAGAAUACGACCCAGAAACGCCACCCGUAACAACUUGGCAAGGCCGCAAUUCUAAUUCAGUGCCAGGAUCUUCACAGGCAGCAUUAUACGUAAAUUCUCCAUCAACAUCAUCAAGAGAUUCUCAGGAUAGUGAAUGUCUUAACCUCUUCCAAAACCAUGACAUUGUUUAA